AUGGAGCUAAAGGACUACUCGAUUGUUAAGCAUUUGGAGAAAACCCCAACUCAGAUUUCUGUGUGGGCCCUGUUGAUGAGCUCCCAGCUACAUAGGCAGGCCUUGAUGAAGGCUCUGGACGACACAUAUGUUCCCGUGGGAACAAGUAGCGAUAAUGUAGCGGCUAUGAUCAAUCAAGUUAUCCGAGGGCAUCAAAUUAACUUUUGUGACAAAGAGUUGCCCUUUGAAGGGAGGUCGCACAACAAGGCGUUACAUAUCACUGUCAUAUGCCGCAAAAGGGUCAUAGACCGUGUCCUUGUGGAUGAUGGGUCUGGUCUCAACAUUUGCCCACUGUCGACUCUAAGGCAGUUAAGUUUUGACUUGAGGAAGCUGGAACAAAACCAGGUCAAUGUAAGAGCCUUCGACGGAGUACAUAGAGAUACGUUGGGAGCGGUGAAUUUGGUCAUCCAAAUGGGUCCGACAAAGUUUAGUGCACAGUUUAAGGUCUUGGACAUUGACACCAGCAAUAACCUUCUUCUGGGAAAGCCUUUCAUCCAUAUGGCUGGAGCUAUGCCUUCUACUCUUCACCAGAUGAUGAAGCUCAUUUGGAAAGACGAAGAACUAAUCAUUCAUGGCGAAGGGAGUCACUCCGGCACGCAAACGCCCAUUAUUGAUGGAGUCUCGCGAGAAAAAGAGGUUGAGCUAGCUGAUAUCCGUGAUGCUGAGCAUGGAGAACAGCUGCAGAAUUGGACUUUUACACUAAUCUUGAUUCCCGGAUCAUCUUGUGACAUGCUAGGGCUGAGUACCAAUGAUGUAUCUCAUAAGUUGCCAAUUAAUCCAGGGCUUAGUCCAGUAAAACAGAAGGCUCGGAAGUUCAAGCCCGAGUUAAGUUUGAAGAUUAAAGAAUAUAUCACCAAACAUAUUGAAUCUCGAUUAGUGGAAGUGAUGCAAUACCCAACUUGGUUGGCCAAUAUUGUUCCCGUCGCCAAAAAAGAUGAGAAGAUCAGAAUAUGUGUUGAUUACAUAGAUCUCAACAAAGCAAGUCCAAAGGAUAAUUUUCCAUUGCCGGACAUUCACAUUCUGAUCGACAACUGUGCUAAGCAUGAGAUGCAGUCGUUUCUGGAUUGUAACGCAGGUUAUCAUCAGAUCCUGAUGGACGAAGAAAAUGCAUAA